UGUCCGGCACCGCUCGCUGUUUCCGUCAGUUGCAUCAUUUCCGCUGUCUCUGCUCACCGGCGAGGGUCCGCAUUGGUCAGAAUGGUGGAGGCGGUGCCAGAAUCCAUCCACUUCCCGUCGGAGGAGGACAGAAUCCUGCAGCUCUGGCUGGACAAGGACUGUUUCCAGGAGUGUCUCAAACAGAGCAAGAACCGGCCGAGGUACACGUUCUACGACGGGCCUCCCUUCGCCACCGGUCUUCCUCACUAUGGUCACAUCCUGGCAGGGACCAUCAAGGACGUCGUGUCGAGGUUCGCUCAUCAGAACGGCUUCCACGUGGAGCGGCGCUUCGGCUGGGACUGUCACGGCCUGCCCGUGGAGUAUGAGAUUGAUAAAGCGCUGAAUAUCAAAGGACCGGAGGAUGUGGCUAAGAUGGGCAUAGCGGAGUACAACAAGCAGUGCAGGAGCAUCGUCAUGAGAUACGCUGACGAGUGGGAGAUGUCUGUGAGACGGAUGGGCCGCUGGAUUGACUUCAGGAACGACUAUAAGACUCUGUACCCGUGGUUCAUGGAGACCGUGUGGUGGGUGUUCAAGCAGCUGUAUGAUAAGGGUCUGGUCUACAGAGGGGUGAAGGUCAUGCCCUUCUCCACCGCCUGCAACACGCCCCUGUCUAACUUUGAGGCCAAUCAGAACUACAAGGAUGUUCAGGACCCGUCUGUGAUCGUCACCUUCCCUCUGCUGGAGGACGAGGAGGUCAGCUUCCUCGCCUGGACCACCACACCGUGGACCCUGCCCAGCAACCUGGCCCUCUGCGUCAACCCCGACCUCACCUACGUCAGGGUCAAAGAUAACAGCUCACACAAGAUCUACAUCAUGAUGGAGGCCAGACUCGUGGCUCUCUUCAAAUCUGACUCGGAGUACACCAUCCUGGACAAAUUUCCUGGCAAGACCCUGAAGGGCAAAAAAUACAAGCCUCUGUUUGAGUACUUCAUCAAGUGUCAGGAGACCGGAGCGUUCUCGGUGGUGAUGGAUAACUACGUGCGUGAUGACGACGGCACAGGAGUGGUCCAUCAGGCCCCUUACUUUGGAGCUGAUGAUUACCGCGUCUGCAUGGACUAUAAGAUCAUCCAGAGAGACUCUGCUCCCAUCUGCCCCGUGGACUCCUCCGGCGUCUUCACUGCAGAGGUCACUCACUUCGCCGGUCAGUACGUGAAGGAUGCAGACAAGAACAUAAUCAAGUGGCUGAAGGAGAAUGGGCGUCUGGUGAGCUCCAGCUCGUUCAAGCACAGCUACCCUUUCUGCUGGAGGUCGGACACGCCGCUGAUCUAUAAAGCAGUGCCCAGCUGGUUUGUGAGGGUGGAGCACAUGGUGGAGAAGCUUCUGGACAACAACAGCAAAUGCUACUGGGUUCCUGAGUUCGUGAAAGAGAAGCGCUUUGGCAAUUGGUUGAGGGAUGCUCGAGACUGGGCGGUCUCUCGAAACCGUUACUGGGGGACGCCUAUCCCGCUGUGGGUCAGCGACGAUUACGAAGAGGUGGUGUGUGUGGGCUCCAUGGCUGAGCUGGAGGAGCUGACAGGAACCAAAGUUUCUGAUCUUCACAGAGAGAGCAUUGACGGCCUGACCAUCCCGUCCCGCUGUGGGAAGGGCCAGCUCAAGAGGGUCUCGGAGGUCUUUGACUGCUGGUUCGAGAGCGGCAGUAUGCCCUACGCCCAGGUGCACUACCCGUUUGAGAACAGGCGGGAGUUUGAGGACGCCUUCCCAGCCGAUUUCAUCGCUGAGGGCAUCGACCAGACCAGAGGAUGGUUCUACACGCUGCUGGUUCUCUCCACCGCUCUGUUCGGGAAGCCUCCGUUCAAGAACGUGAUUGUGAACGGCCUGGUUCUGGCGAGUGACGGACAGAAAAUGAGCAAGCGUAAGAAGAAUUAUCCUGACCCCGGCCUGAUUGUGAAGAACUACGGCGCUGACGCGCUCCGACUGUAUCUGAUCAACUCCCCCGUGGUCCGCGCCGAGAACCUGCGCUUCAAAGAAGAAGGCGUUCGAGACGUGCUCAAAGACGUCUUCCUGCCCUGGUACAACGCCUACCGCUUCCUGGUGCAGAAUGUCCAGAGACUGCAGAAGGAAGAGGCCAUCGAGUUCCUGUACAACGAGAGCACGGCCAGCGUGAGCGACAACAUCAUGGAUAAAUGGAUCCAGUCUUUCACUCAGUCCCUCAUUCAGUUCUUCAGAGACGAGAUGGGAGCCUACAGACUCUAUACCGUGGUUCCCAAACUUGUCAAGUUCGUGGACAUGCUCACCAACUGGUACGUGCGGACGAACCGCAGGCGGCUGAAGGGUGAGAGUGGUACUGAAGACUGCAUGCGGGCCCUGGAGACCCUCUUCAGUGUGCUUUUCUCCAUGUGCAGACUGAUGGCUCCUUUCACGCCGUUCAUAACGGAGCUGAUGUACCAGAACCUGCGUCAUCUGAUCGACCCGGCGUCGGUGGAGGAGAAGGACGCGGGGAGCAUCCACUACCUCAUGCUGCCUCAUGUCAGGUGCACAGACUCGAUUGACAAGCGCAUCGAGAGCGCCGUGUCUCGGAUGCAGUCGGUCAUCGAGCUGGGCCGUGUGAUCCGGGACAGGAAGACUCUGCCGGUGAAGUACCCGCUGAAGGAGGUGGUGGUGAUCCAUCAGGACCCAGAGGCGCUCAGAGACAUCCAGUCCCUGCAGAAGUACAUCCUGGAGGAGCUGAAUGUCCGCCAGCUCACUCUGUCCACUGACAAGGACAAAUAUGGCAUUCGUCUGCGAGCUGAACCCGAUCACAUGGUGCUGGGCAAACGGCUGAAAGGGGCAUUUAAAUCCGUGACUGCUUCCAUCAAAGAGCUGAAGAGUGAAGAGCUGGAGAUCUUCCAGAGGACAGGGUCCAUCGUGGUGGACGGUCACGAGCUGCUGGAGGACGACCUGCGUCUGAUGUACAGCUUCGAUCAGAGCUCAGGAACGCCGGCUCAGUACGAGGCUCACUCGGACGCUCAGGUGCUGGUUCUUCUGGACGUCACGCCCGAUCAGGCCAUGCAGGACGAGGGUGUGGCCCGAGAGGUCAUCAACCGCAUCCAGAAGCUGCGCAAGAAGGGUCACCUGGUCCCGUCGGAUGAGAUCACGGUGUAUUACAGCAGUCAGCCGGCGGGAGAAUACCUGGAUAAAGUGAUCCGAGCACACACUGACUUCAUACUGGCCACCACUAAAGCUCCUCUCAAGCCCUAUCCUGUGGCCCAGAGCUCCAGCGUGAUCGUCCAGGAGAAAACACAGCUCAAGGGCUCGGACCUGGACUUGACCAUCGUUAGAGGGUCCGGCGUCUCCAGAGCGCCUCUGACCUCCGCCGCCUGCGCCUUCGUCAACCUCAGGGUCACUCUCAAGGACAAACAGCAAGAGGGGGUGAUCCUGCUGGAGAACCCCAGGGGUGACGACACGCUGGACGUGGAGCGGCUCAAGAGCGUCUGCUGUAGUGUGUUCGGACUCAACGGUGCACCUGUGACCAUAUUCAGCGGGAGGACAGCGCUGACCGCUGGGACUGACCUGAUGUCCCUGAGCGGGAAAACGCUGACGGUGACCUCGGGUUCGAGUCCCGCAGACGUGAGCGGCUCCGACCCUCCUCUGUGUCCGUAUGUGAACCUGCAGCUCGUGAACGCCAGUCCAGCCGGUGCUGUCAGACCGGAAGUGGCCACGCUGCUCUUGAUGAACCCAGCGGGGAAGAACGCCUUGCUCUUCCCGAUCUGCUGCGAAGCGGCUAAAGUCUUCGGCCUGAGAGGAAGGAAGCUGCGGCUGUACCUGAACGAGGAGCUGACAGACGAGCUGGAGGCGUCUUCUCUGCACUCUCUGAACACCAAGACCCUCUACGUGAAGGUUCUUCCUACAACAGCAGAAGCUUAACCAGACCAGACCUGCGUCCUGAUGAAGAUCUGAUCCGAUCAUGUUUGGUGUUUGUAAUGGAAACAGGGAAGGUCAAAUAACUCAGAUUUCAUGUAUGUUGGUUGAUCAAGUAAAGUUUAUAACUGGAUCUGUACUCUGUGGGUUUCUGUUGGGAAGCUUUGAAUAAAACUUGAGAUGCAGGUAAAA